UUGUCCAACCGACAGUCAGUCAGUCGAAGACAAGUGAAGUGUGAGAACGAAUUUUAUUUUGAAACGAUACACAGUGUACCUAUUUUCUUGUUGGUACAUUUUAAAAAUAGAAGUUGAACGAGAGGACUGAAUUGUAUAAUUAAUUUUUAUUUCGCCAUUUAUAUUGAAUAUUAUAAAGAAAAAUACGACAAAUUGUAUUAAAUAUAAAAUCAACGCGCGCUAAAUUCAUAGAAAAGAGAGAUAAUUCCAAAAUUUUGUACAGAACAGCGUUGUAUUGAGUGUUUUUAUGUUUUUUUUUCGUUUUGUUGAAAGAGCUGUGUUUCUUUGUUCAAAAAAAUAUACUUCGCGGCCAUUUUGAAAUCGCCAUAAUUUUUCAGAAAAUUAUAAAUCGAAAAUAUUGUGGUGAUCGGGGGAGCGAACAGAACGAGAAAAAUAAAACAUAUUUCGAAGAACUAGAAAUCUAGAAGAACGAACAAGAGUCGUGUGAACAUAUUUCCAAUAAAUUAUAAAUAUUAAAACAAAACGAAACAUUCAAUAAAAGAAGGAGAAAAAUUCUAACUGUUUAAAAUUGCUGUGUUUGAUGUAUAGAAAAGUUGUGUAUCUAGAGGGAGUAUCAAGUGAACAUAAACGGAAUAAAAUCCAUUCACAAAUGCAAACUUUGCUGCGAACAUUAUUGAUGAACGACAAUGAAUAUAACAAUGGUUCUGUGAUAAUUCGUCCGAACAAAAAGACCAAAUUACAUACAACAAUAUUUCCAUCAUAACUACUAAUUAUUCAAUUUCAUGUUCAAAUUUGCAUCCCCGUUUGAAAACCGAAAAUAUUAAAAACUUUGCACAGUGCAUUUUAGUCUCAGUUUAUAAAAUAUAAUUGCAUACAAACAAACAAACGUCUAAAUAAUCAAAUAAGUGAAAGAAAACCUUUUUUUCGUUUUUUUAUUAUUUUUAAAAGGAAAAAAUAAUUAUUUGUGUAAAAGUGUGAUAGUAGUAAUACAGUUAAGACUUUAUUCAAAUCCUAAAGAAACAAAAAAAAAACAUUGAACUAAAUAUCAGAAGGAUCAUCACGAUAAAAAAAACACCAAAUAAAAUGACUAACUCAAACAAUCGGACAAUGGGCGGGGGCGGGAACUCUGAAGGAAACGCUAGUCGCCAACAGUUACUGACUGGUUCCGCAGAACGUCAACCGUUCGGUAAACAACGCCGAAAGAAUAAAGGCAAAAAAAUACCGAACAAAUCUGCAUCACCAACCAACUCGGUAUCGUCAAGCCAGUCCGAUAGCAAUAAUUAUCUGAGCGGUCGAUCGCAUCAACAAAGUUUUAUCAACUUUUCGCCGCGAGGCAGUCAUCAACAGUACAAUUACAGUAACGGUAUUAAUAUUCAAGUUCAUCGAUCAAGCCCAGGCGGCUUCAGUGCUGCAUCAUCGCCGGCCGCAGCAUCAUCACCGCCAAAUGCCUCAUCAUUGUUUGCUGGUAGCAAAUGUUUCGAUGCGCCACCGCCGAAUGCAUUGCCGCGGCCACCGUUGCAUUGGUUUUCGUGUGCCGUUGCCUCAUCACAACAGUCAUCCGACGAUGAUUUGUCGCACAAUUUACGAAUGCUUUUGAAUGUUCGAGCCACUGUCGAACAGGAUCUGUUGUUGAGUUCUCCGAUUUGUAUUAUGAAUUCAUCGACGGCGGUAACAUUUUAAAAUGUUGCAAAAAUGAAAACAAAAAAAAAAGUUUAAGCAUACGGAAACACACACACACACAUACGAUGAAUUGGAUAUUGAAUUGGAAAAUGAAUUUAAAACAAAACAAAAUUCAUUGACACAAAAAAAGAACCCAGAGGACAAAACGAGAGCAUCAUCAUCAUCAUCAAUAAUUUUACAAUAUAAACUAAAUCAAAUCAAACGAACUGACUAUCUCAAUAAUGUAAAUUGCAUCAUAGACAACCAAAAUAAUGGAUUUCGAAUGAGAAGAAAAUUUUUCUUUUGUUUAAGAACAAUUUGCUUGAUGAAAUUUUAAAAUGGAUUGCGAGUCAUAUUAUACUUCAGCUGCUUUAAUUGUAAAUUAAUUUUCCUUUUUUUCAAUUUAUAUGACCGUGAAUUUAGUUCCUAAUUUCAACGUUGAAAAUUCUUUGUUUUUCUUUCUCAUUUGUUUAUGAAUAUUUUUAAUUAUUUCUUGACGGAUUAUUAUUUUUUGUGUUAUGAAUCAAACAUUUUCAGUUUUUUUUGUUAAGAGUUAAGAUUUUCACCACUUUUUAUUUGGCUGUCAUCUUAACGCAAUUCUUUUUUUGGUAAAGAAAAAAAAAUUGUUUUGGAUCUCGCAAUUUGCGUAGAUUUGCGUAGAGCUUUAGAGGAAGUUAUGGAAUGGAAUUGUGACUAUAAAAAAGGAAACGUACCCGCAAAGUUUGAGACUACAAAAAAUUUAAAUUUAAAUUUGAAAAAGUAAAUUAUUCUUUUUUUUUGCUUUGGAUUAUGAGGGUGGCAUUUUUUUCAUUGGCGGUUGUACUAAAUUUUUUUUUGAGUAUAUAAUCACUUGGAUACACUUGGAUGAAGUAUUUUUUGUUUAUUUUUCGUUUUAUUUUUUUUUUAUUGAAAAUCUUUUUCAUUUAUAACUUGAAAUGUAAAAUACUUCGUAUUUAAGGACAACUCUAUUGUAAAACUUUUGACUUAUUAUCCCGUAAUAAACCCACUUAACAAACAAAACCAAAAACAAAAUUGGAUACAUUUAUGUGGAAAAAUUUAUUAUUAUAAAUAAAAAAACAAAAUUUGUAAAUUUCUUAAUGUCUUCGUACUCGGAUUAGUGAAUCCGCCCCAUAAAACAAGAAAAAUCUCUGAGAUAAAAAAAAAUCUUUGAAAUUAAUUCUAUCUGUGAUAUGUGUCUUUAAGUUAAAAGAAAUAGUAACUUGGAUCCAUAUACUCCUUGUGGAGUUAAGAAAAUAUAUUUUUUAAACGAAGAAAAAUUAACUUUCCAAAAAAAAAAUCGAAAACAAAAAUUAUCAAAGUGAGGAACAGUGAAGGAACAUUGAAUUAUAUGGACAAAAUCGGGUUUCACAAUUCGAUUGACUGUUAGUCUCAUCGAAUUUCAUUUUCUUUGACGAAAAAUUUCGCUCAAUUUUUUGUACCUAAAAAAAGUUGUCCAUCUGAGGAAAUUUUUCGUUUGCAUUUUUAAUCACCGAUAUCUGUCGAUCAAUUCAAUAUUCGUUCAAGAAGGAAAAUAUUUUUAAAAAGAAAAAAAUCCUUGAUUCACUUUGGUAUGAAUCCAAUAUCAAGUCAAACUCCUGAAUUCGCGCCUCUAAUGAAUUUUCAUACUUUCCAUCAAUGACGGAAAGGACCUCUUUAUCAAAUAAAUUUUUAUUUUUAUUUUUUCCUCACUAUAUACAUUAUUAACACAAAUAAACCGGAUAAUGAAUACAACAACCCAUAGACAUAGAUAGACCGGAUUUUAUGUAUCCAGAACGUCGAAGCCAGAGUAAACCAUAUGAAAUGUCGUGUACAAUUUCAACUAAACAUACACAUUCAAGUCUAUACUUAUAAUGGCGUACGCUCCCAGAAUUUUUAGGGACUACCCAUACUGCUAUACAUUUGGCAUUUUACUUUGGAUUUAGUAUCUACAAUCGUUUUUGGUACUUCUUGGUCUUUAUAUGUCUAUGGCACAACCAACAUCAAGUCCAAUAAAUAAUUAAAGCUCUAAAAAUCGGAAAAAUGAUAUUUUCGAUCAUUACGUAAAAAAUGAUAAAAUUGUGAAUUGUGAAAUAAAACGAAAAUCGUCAUCAUUGACCAGAACAAUUUUUUUUUGGUAACAAAAAUUUGUUUGUCUAUCAUGCGAAAAGCGAAUUAUCUUAACGAAACCCUAUUGUAUAAUACUAUACGUUUAUAUGAAAGAAGAAAGAAAACAAAACAAUUGAGGUAAAACCAACAACAAAAGUAAAGUAAAAAAAUUAAAUUAAAAAAAACCUUUAAAUUAAAUAUAACAAAUACAGUACAAAAUACAAAAUAAUGGUACGUUUAUAUAUUAUUACAUUAAACAAAACAAAAAAAAAAUAAAUAAAAAAAUAAAAGAAAACAAAGAAGGAAGAAAGAGUAAAAAAAGAAGAGAAAAUGGCAAAAAGUCUACAAUUUACUUAAAACAAAUGAAAAGAAAGAAGAAUGGGUUGUAGAAAAGGAAAUGAUUAAAUUCAAUGGAUCGAAAAGUUAGAAAAUGGUAAAAAAACUAAUGAAAGGAAUCGUAAAAUAUUGAUAAAUUCAACGUGAUUUUAUAUUUAACUAAUAAAAAAACAAACAAUAAAAAAAAUAUGAAACGCCACCACCUGCGCGCGUUGUGUAAUCAAAUAAUUUCUUUUAAUUGCGAUCAAUAAUGAAAUACAUUAGCAAAUUUGACAACAACAAAAAAUUGAAAUCAAUUGAAAUCAGAAUCCCAAAAUUUAAACUUAAAAACUAAAAUUUACAAAACAAUACAACGACGUAACAUCUUCUGGCGUAAAAAUAAUUUCCAAGAUUAAAAAAAUUCAAAUUUUAGUUUUCUUUCGUUUGAUUCUAAAAUGUAAUAUUUUGUGUAGUAAUUUGACAAGAAAAAGUGAAUUAGUGUCGUUCAAAUAAAUUCAAACGCGGAUUUUUAUUGUUAAAUAUUAAUAGAAAAAUCUUCAAUAAACUUUUUCAGAUUUAUAUAGAAUGAAAACACACGAGUUUAUGGUCGAUUUUUCUUGCCUUAAAUGUGAUUUUUGUAGAAAUUUAUGUGCAAAAGAAAAUUAUAAAGUAAAGAGCAAAAAUGAGCAAAAAAAUGUUUUUUAAAAGUGAAAAAUAAUAAGAAAAAAAAUUUUAAUGAAAAAAGAAAUUUUUUUUGAACGAAAAACAUCUUUUUGUACAAAAAUAAACAAAACAUAAAAAUGAAACAAAACCCAAAAAUGUGAUUAUUAAUAGUCAAGCGUAUUGAAUUUAUUUCAGUGAUGCCUAAAAAAAUGAUGAAAUCGUUCUCAAAAAACUGUGAAAAUAAGAAGUGAAUGUGAAAUGAAGUUAAGAAGAAAGUGAUUUGCUUAUUAUUGCAGAAAGCACACUUUGUAUGGAUAUGGAUAGUAAUUAAACAAAAAGAGAGAAAGGAGAAGUUGAAGACGAAGAUGUAGUAGAGGAAGAAGUAGAAGAAAAAGAAGAAGAAGAAGAAAGUUAAGUAGAAGAAGGUUAAGAAGAAAAAGAAGAAGAAGAAAAAGGAUUCAGUAAAAAAGGAGAAGAAAGUCAAUGAAUUAGUACUAAAAUGAGUUUCAUUUUUUUCCGACAAAUCGUCAUUUUUAAUUUAAAGCGAUAUAUGUCUCCCAUCGCAACAUCCGGUUGAUAAUAUCGAAUUUAAAUUAAAUUUAAAAACAACAAGAAAAAUCUUCGUCUGACUUAAAACGAGACCAAAAUGACCAUUUUUUGCAGAAACAAUGACUCUCAAAUGAAAUACAUAAACAAAUACCAGCUAAACAAAAUUAUGGUACUGACUAAAAGAAUUCUAUAGACUGUAAUGCUCUAGAUAUUUAGAUUUUUAUUUUAAGAAGAGAAAACAAAACAAAAAACUAAAACUCUGUGUAAAAAAAAGAACCAUCAAAAUUUCAUUCGUUUUUCUAUUUUGUUUUGAUUAUUUUAUUUUUUUGAAAAAAGAGUAAAAAUGUGAUCUCAAAUUGAAUUAAAAUAUUGAAGAAAAAAAAAAAUGAAAAUCUGAAAUUCAAAAUUUUAUGUUUCUUUACCCUCCUAUCCUUCCGUUUGUAGUGCAUUCAUUUAAGAGGAAGAGAAUAUUUAAUUUUUUUCAUUAAAUGAACUGCAACAGAACAUAAAAAUGUAAAUAGAAUUUUUUUUAUUUUUAACUAAAAAGAAAUACUUUUUUGAUUAAAACAGCGAAUUAUGUUUCCCAUAAAGAUUAUUUUAAACCCAAAAAAAUGACAAAAAAAAAUUAUUGGAAAAUGGUUAAAAAAUUAAACGUCAAAAUUAUAUUUUCAAAAAGAUAAAAACAAUUCUUAAACUCAAAUGAAAAUCUGAUUUGUUUAAUAUUUUCACAUUCAAUCAAUCGAUUGAUCAGUUGCUUUUUUUAGUUCCUUAUAAUAAAAAUUAAUUUUAAAAAAAUGUUUUAAUGUAAACAAUUAUCAGUUGAUUAACACAAAAUGUUAACAGAUGAUUUCCUUCCAGCAAACACAAAAACGCGGUGUAUUUUUCUAACAGUCUUUAAAAAAAAUGAGAAAAACUUGUUCCUUUUCUUUAAAAAAAAA